AUGACUGGCAGCAUCUAUAAGUCCCUGGAGAGGCCGCUUUAUCUCCCACGCUCGGAAAGUUUGAUCGCCGCCGUGACUAUCGGACGGGGUUCUCUACCAAGUCUCGAGCGCCGCGUCGGUAGUGGACAGCAAGAAGCUGAGAAAAAGGUCAACGACAACGCUAAGGCGAUAGAACACCUCCUCAAUGUUCUGUCGGGCAAAGAGAACGGGGUGAACAAGAACGUCAACUCUGGCGCCCUGGGAGUCUUUUUCUCUGACACCCAUUCCUGGUCCCGGUGGCUACAUCGCGAGAAUCUACGGCAGCCUGUCGCAAGAGAGACCAUGGGGGAGAAUCUCGGAACAGUACCAUUCGUAUAA